AUGGGAUCGCCAUGGAGCAAAAAGAGACUCGAGACAUUCGUUGUUCUUAGCAUAUUUAUGGCAAUUGUAGUUACAUCACUUAGGUCGUUCAUCAUCUCCAAUUACAAAACAGGUGCUCUGCUGAUUUUUGUGUCUAGCCUUGCUAAAAUGCUUGUUUCGUAUUCAAACAUCCAAGCACUCGACUUCAAAAUAAGGCACGUGUUCUUGGUUGCCAGCUUGAGUUUCAUAGGAACAUGUCUGGGCACAUUUUCGUAUUAUCACAAGGCAUCAUGCACAUCAUAUGCAACUUCAUCAAGCAUCCAGUACAUCUUCAUUGCACUUGUGUCUUUUGCUUGGAGUGGGACUCGCUAUUCAUUUGCACAGUACUUUGGUCUAUUAAUUAUCAUGAUUGGGGUUUUCAUAGAGGUUUCCUCGGUUGAUGCAAUCUAUGAUAUCCCCAUGCAUACACUGACCGCAAUGGUUUCUGGAGUGUUCAAUGCAGCAAGCUUUGUUGCUUUUGAUCUGAAAGUAAAGCCUGCUUUAGAAAACAUCAAAAGCUUCUGGAGCUACAUGAUGGCAUAUACAUUCUACCUGGCAACAUUUUCAUCGCUCCAUCUGAUAGAGGAGAUAUUCAGCAAUGCACACAGCUAUGUAGAGGCACUUAAAUCUCCAAUGGCAUAUCUUGCAGUGCUUAGUGAAAUAAUAAUGGCAUAUGUCAUGUCAAGUGUCUCAUUGUACCUUGAUUCUGUAGAACGAUCAACUCUUGUGAAUGUAUGCACUGGUGCUUCAGCAAUUGCGUCUGAUAUUCUUCUUUCAUAUGAGAUAGAUGCACAGAAGUUCCUGGGAGUUUCACUUGCUAUGAUUGGAGCACAGAUGUUCAACUUCUUCUGGAGGGAGGAGAACACUGUGUCUGUAUGA